AUGUCUCAGCCAUCCAGUGAGCUCACCUUCGGUCGUCUGGACAAAGUGGUCCCCGACCGACCCACAGCUAUUCGCGACUUCAUUGCCCAUCUGCCAAAGCGCAACCGAGUCACCCUCCAGCAUGUGAUGCAGCAUCUGGGUUUCAUCUGGUGCCACCAACGCCUCUUGCGGGUGCGUCUUCUACGCUUCUCCGGCUCCAAUGAGGCAGUUAAUCCGCAGACAGUGGACCGACUUGAUGACCCUCGUCUCCUUCUUGUCGUCUUUGUCCAAAUCCUUCUCCGUCCACCGUGGUCACACUGCUUUGUGUAUGCCGAAUUGUUGGCCCAAGCCGGGGGCUCGACCUCCGACAGCGGCAUUGAAUCUCCUCAUACGACGAUCGUGGUGUCUGCCGACAUGCCGCCUACCCCACGGUCUGUCGAACGAAACCGCCGAGACCUGGACGAGCGAGACUGGUACUGGGGCGACAUCUCUCAGUCCGAGGUGGCUGAGGUGAUGCGGGGUCAACCGGAUGGAGCGUUCCUUGUGCGAGAUGCCUCUGCUGGAUCGGCCAGUGCCUUCACCCUCACAGAAAGGUGA